AUGGAAAAUGUGUGUAAGGAGCAGGGGAAAGAAGAGUUGUUCACCAUAGACCUUAUACUAACAAAGUACGAGCAGUAUGUAAGCGGCGCAAUACGAAAUGAAGAAUUGAGGAGGUACAUAGAGAGGUUUAUGUUUCAGUACAACUGCCUAGAUGAAUGUGAAAAGAAAAUAAUUGAAGUUAUAAAAAGAUGUGAAAAUUUUGAGUGUAAAAAAUUUCAAGCCUAUUAUUUGUUCAUAACCAAUAUAGUAAAGGAAAUAUGCCACAUGGAAUUGAUCCCAAUAAUAUACAACGAAAUAUUAGAAGAGAGGAAUGCCAAAAGUGAAGCAUCCUACCUCAGUAGGGACUACUACAUAGAGGUAGAGAACCAGAAAGAUGCAGAGGAAAAUUUCAAAGCCAUCUGUCAAAGGGUUUAUAAAAAGUACAUCCUUGUGUUUAUCAAGCUGUUGUAUUAUUCGUCAUAUUUGCCCCCCCAUUUGAUGAACAACUUAAUAAGUGCCCUGUCCUGUGUGUGCAUAUUAAUAUCCAAAUAUGACACGUUUAGCGAACCAAAUGAGAAGUUUUCGGAGCUUAUUUAUAGAAUAUUUUGGAAUUAUUUUUCCAAAAGUUUUGAUUUUCAACAUGAAAAUUGUUUUUCUCUCGAGGAAAAUGAUAAUGAUGAGGAGGAGGAGGAGGAUGACACGUCGUCUUCCUACUACAGUGAACUGCUAAAUGAGGAUGGCUGCUUUCCCUACGCUGGUGUCCAUCAGCUUUUUGGCGAUAAGAGGAGAAGGAACUCGGUGAGUGAGUCGGCGGAUGGGGUGACGUCCAUGGCAGCGUCUAUGGGAGCGUCUAUAGCAGCGCCUACGGCAGCGUCUGUGAGUGCUACCGCGAGUGCUACCCCCGCCGCUUCCCCCAUCGCGGUGUCCGCUUCGACCGAAAGGGAGAGCAACAAUUUGCAGAAGAGAAAAAAACGGAGGGAAAGAAAAAUUCCCGAAAAGUCGAAAGAUGCAAAAGGGGAAAGCUGCGCGAGCGAGCAAGUAGGCGAAAAUGUCAAGAAAGCGGACGACCCGUUUUUUGCGGGCCACUUCCCACCAGCAGCUGAUGGGCAGAAGCGGCAGGGUGAUCCGCUCCAUGGGGGUGAUUACACCAUACAGGGGGUGAACUCUGCUGAAGGCUGUCUUCCCGUAGAAAGCAGUGCCAAUUGCGAAAUUGAAAACGCAGGCGAUGCCCAAACCGCUAAUGCUGUGGAGCUGAGCGAAACUUACGCCAAAGUGAAUAAGCGGCUACAUUCGCACAGUGGUGACAAAGAGAAAAAGAAAAUAAAAAGGGAUAAUGAGGGGGCGGAGUUAGCCAACUCCUCCACCCUGCUGAAUGCAGAGUGCACAGAGAGUAGGGAGCACAGUGUGGUCCACAGCAGAGAUGACGUCAACAUAAGCAGUAACCACACGCAGGAAUGCCAAACGGUGCACGAUGUGGAUGAAAUGGUAGAGGGUGAGAGGAAGGACGCCGAUGCUGCGCCGUCUACUUGUCCGUCUCUGCAUUGGGGUGAUGAGGGGGUGGAGAAGUUGGCGGAGGUGUAUGGCGAGAAAGGGGGAGUCCCUGGGAGGGGCCUCGCAAGGGGGGACCCACUUGGACAUCCAGGUGGGUAUCCAAGCGGUCACUCAAGCGAGUAUCCAAGCGGCCACCCCGCAGGGAUUCACUCCGAACACCCCACUGAGGAGACCACCGAGCGGAGAGACUCCUACCCCAGCGAGCAGGACCUCAACCAAGAAAACGUCAUGUUCGUGAAUGUCCUCCUAAACGUGUACGUAAGUUUAUUUAACACAAGAAGUAAGAAGAACUUCCUCUUCUAUAGAGACAAUCAAGUGGCCUACAACGAGUUCCUGCUCGAUAACGUUGAAGUCGUGGUGGACCAAAUGAGGAAUAUGCUGAACAAGAUCAGGCACAACUUGGGUGAAUCUAUCGUUUAUUUUUUGAGAUUGAAAUUUUUAAUUCUUCUUUUUCUAAUUAAGUUGGCGAAGAGAAACUCGAAGGGUGCCAACGCGGGGAAGUCCGCCGAGAAAUUGAAGAAGCGGAGCGAAGCGGCUUGGGGCGAGGACAACCAGCAGGGCGCUGGCAGAGGUGCGUACAUGAACGGCGAUGGGUAUGCUGGUGGUCACAACUACGCGAGUGGUUUAAACUACGCGAAUGGGCACAACUACUCGAAUGGCCACGGGUAUGAUGUCAACUUUGGAAGCUACUACGGUGGUGGCGCAACCCACAACUGCAACACCCACCCGAACGACUUCCAAAACGGGUACCCGAACAUUCAAGAGUCGGAUUGCUUUCCCGUGUGGAGACGGAACGAGUCGGCGGAGGAGAGCAAAAUUGAUGUGGACCCCCUAAGUAACAGCAGCGUGAUGAACAAUGUGGAUGCGGGGUCUGCGCGGAGCAGCAUCGGUGGGGUUGGCACUCCCUGCGGCAACGUCGCAGGCUACGACGUCGGUGUGGGAAGUGGUAUAGGAAGUGUUGUAGGAAGCGAUGUCGCUAGCGGCAUGGGCAGCCUCUACCCGAACGGCCACAGCGCCACGUACGCAGAUGACAGUAAUAGCACCUCCACGGUCGGCAACAACGUAAACGAAAACGGCAUCGAUGUUGGUAACGUUUGCGAGAAUUUAAGUGGAGAGUACAACUGUGGCAUGACGAGUAGGAACCCAGGGAAUGACUGCAUGGGUGGGAACAACCAAUACAGUGGUGCGUUUAACGCAGCUACGAGUGGAAACCCAGAUGACGUGAUAAUUUUGAGUAGGUAUGCAGCCUCGUGUGGCAGCCAAGAGGGUGUGCCGAAUAUUACCAAUGAUGGGGCGGUAGGUGGCACUAACGAGGGGACUAGCCAUUUCGGUAAGGAUGCCCCCGCGAGUGGCAGUCAAGAGGGGCUCCUCGGCAAUCAAGAGGGGCUCACUGGCAGUCAAGAGGGACCCGUAGUCAAUCAAGAUGGGCUCGCAAACGAUGAUACAUACGGUAACUUAAACCCCAAUUACUGCAACGGAAACGGCGAGGGGGCGUAUAGCAUCCCCAACUACAGCCCCUACGGUGCGUAUUACGUGCAGAACGACCCGGUGAGCGGCCACUGCUCGCCGGGCAUCUUUAACGGCAACGACUCGGCCACAGGGAUGAACGACAUCUUUCUGAGCAACAUGAAGAACAACCUGUUUGCGAACGUGCCUGCAGAUAACGCUAACAUGAUUGCGGAUGGUGCGAACGUUUUUGCAGAUAAUGCGAACGUGCCUGCAGAUAACGCUAACAUGAUUGCGGAUGGUGCGAACGUUUUUGCAGAUAAUGCGAACGUGCCUGCAUAUAACGCUUACGUGGGUGGUGUGCCCCCCCCCGGGCAGGGCUACCCCUACCAUGGCGGCGGCUUCCCCCUUGCCAGCAAACACAAAGACGAAUUGGGGGACACGUGGAACUGCCACGAGGAGGUGGAGGCAGAGGAAGGAGCCCAACUUGUAGAGGUGGCAGAGGACGAAGAAGAGGAAGAAAGGAGGAAGAGGAAAAGAGAAAUUGAAGCAGAAUGGGAAGGAGAGCUAAUUGGAGGAAACGAUUAUCAAAUGGAGUACGUUAUUUUAAAUCGUGAUUUUCUAAGGAACAGUGUAAAAAAAAGUACAUUUGAAAUUGUAAAGGAGAUGAUAAAUAACCUAUAUAGUAAUAGCUUCUUAGAGAUGCUAGACGUCCUCGUAAAGUGUGUAGAAGUGAAUUUUACAGAUGAGAAUCUCACCAUAAUUAAUCGCAUUUUUUCUUGCAUGUUGAAGGGGAUAAAAUAUUGCAACGAAAUGAACAAGUACAAAAUUUAUAUGUUCAUUUUGAGCAAAAUUGAUAAGCUUAUUAAGAGCAAAAGAUAUGAAGAGAAUAACUCCACUUUGAAUAACUACAGCUGCUAUUUUUUGCUCAAUUUGAUUUUUAAUUUGUUUAAGAGGGACAAGAGGAGGAAGAGAAGGAACAUAUGGUACUUGCUGUUCGAGAUACAUGUGAAUAAAAUGAAGAGGAAGAAGAUUAGCAUGAAGGUUAACUCGCUUAAGGGGGAUGAACAGUCGCUUAGCAUGUACCCCCCCCAUAUGCUUGACGUGAAUGAUUAUCUAAAAAAGAGUAAAAGUAAAAAUAGCGAAUUUGCCACAAAAAUGUUCAUAUCGUCUCUGAUAAGAAGCAAUGAGAAGAAUAAGCACCUCAGAAUGGAUCAAAUGAAAAGCACCAGCGUAAGCGCGUCGGAAAAUGAAAACGAUUUGAUGUCCCUAUGUGAUGGGAAGAACUUCCUAAUAAAUAAUAUAAUCAAUUUUUUGCUAGAAUGUUGCAUUAGCAAAGGAUGCAUUGUGAGAUUUAUGAGUCUUAGGAUCUUCUACAUGAUGACCAUUCUGUUUAUCGAGUUUAUAAAAAAUAGAUCGUUAAGUUAUGAAGAAAAGCUGCUCAAAAAUUACCUCAUGAAAUCUAUUUACCAGAAUUUCUUCCUCUGCAUUUUUAACAUUCUGAAAGAACCAGAGACGAACAUUUUUAUUUAUAUGAAGUUUCGCAAUUUGUGUGUGAGUUUGUUAUUCAUUUGCUCCAAAAUUUUGUCUUCCACUUUUCUGAAUGAGUUUUACGAUAAAGUUAUUUCCUACCACCUCUGCUGCGUUGACUACUUUUACAGAUGUAAGGAGAGUGUGUGCCUGACUGAUAAAAAGGGGGACCACUAUGAUGACGGCACGUUGAGGAGCAUCUACUCCACGUUCCUGAGCAAUGCGAAGGAUCUUUACCUGUUCGCCUUCUUGAUGCUUUUUAAGAAUUGCAGAAAUAUUAUGAACUUUAAAAUUUUGAAGGGCAUUUUGAGGGUCUCGUCGGAGGAGGUUAAGGUGAUCCUGGGGAGUUUGCUGUCGCCGCGGGAGGGUGACUGCUCGGAGAGGCAGGACAGGCAGGAGAGGAAAGACACGGGAGGCGCGGCUAACGGUAUGGUUAGCGGUAUGGUUAGCUGCCCACUUAGCGAUGAUGUGAUCGUGCUGUCCGCCGAUGCCGCCGCCGAUACCGCCGCGGAGCUGACGGCCGACCCGGAGGGGGAACUGCAGAACGGCGGCGGCUACCCCGGAGACGCGAAGGAACCGAGCAGCCUAAGGAGGAGAAAGGAAAGCAGCAAAGUAGAACCGUUUCGAGUAAAAAACAUAAACAUGAGCGAUUUUCUCACCAACGAAAUGCAAAUAAAGUUGAAAAUAAAAGAGCAAAAUGAGGAAGAAAAGAAAAAAACCACGUACAAAAAUUUGUACUUUAUCAACAUAUUCUACAUAGCAGAAUUGAAAAAACUUGGCACAUUCGAUAACAAUUUUGUGUACUACAUGUUCAAUUGCGUUUUCUGCUUUCUUAACAUUUACAUCAAUCGAUUCACCUUUUUUUUUUACUUCAUCAAAAACGAGGGCAACCACCGCAGCAGCUACCUGUACGCCGAUCACUUCUUCAGCGGCGGUAAUAGCGGCGGCAAUAGCGGCGGUGGCAACAACGGAAGCGGAAGUGGAAGCGGUAACAAAGACGCGGAGGAGCUGGGCGAAACGAAUGAGCACAAGCACGUGCUGGAGUUUAUCCUCGAAAUGCUGACCCUGUUCAGAAAUUUCCUACACAUUGUUGCGGUGAUGGAGGAGAACCUAAUCAACGUAAAUGUAGAAUCUUUGGUGAAAAAAAAAACGAGAGGAAGCGAAUUGACAAAUAUACGAAGCCUCAAAAGGUUGGUCAUCCAAGAGUUACAGAAAUUUUAUUUCAUUUUUGUGAAACUGUUAAAAGUCCUUUUCUUGCUGAACAAAAUAAAUGGACAUUCCAUAACCUCCUUCGAGUAUUUCUUCUUCAAACUCAUACAGUCGUUGGACAAUGAACUGAUAGAGGUUAACACCAAAAGGCACAUUUUAAAAUUUUUAAAAUAUUUCUCCUACAAGAAAAAGUUCAAGGACACCAUCAUCAGCAGGAUUAACCAUUUCCAUUCCAAGGUGAGAAGCAAGAGGAAGAAAAUUUCGGACAUUUUUUCGAAAAAGGAAUGUAAAAGACAAGAACUGUUCUUCUCCUCCAUCAGAAGGCAUGACCUUUUUGCUUCCAACUCUUCCUACAACGAUGAUCGGAAAGGGGAAGUAAACGGCAUCCUCGGAAGGGGGCAAACGCAUCCCUUUGGUUACGACAAUUCUUUCAAAGCCGAGGGGGAGGACGACGAGGAGGUAGAGGAGCCCCACGUGGAUGCCCCCCAGCGGGUGAGGGAGCCAACGACGGGGUUGCCCCCCCCGGCCAAGGAGGAGCCGCCUCCACAGGCGCAGCAGUUGCAAAGUGCGCAGAGUACGCAAAACGCGCAGACCCCACUGCCAUCACCCGAAGCGGCUAACCAGAACGAGAAAAGGAAGUCGACCAGGAAGAGGUCCGGCAACAACAGCCGAAGGAGCAAGAGCAACUCCAAGAAGGGGCAACCUGGGGCCAACAAUUCGGAGGAGGCCACCGCGGCUGUUGUAGAAGCGGCGCCCAAGGAAGAAGACCCCAGUGCCAAAAAUGACGGUGCAGGUGAAGACGGAAAAACGGAAAACCAACGAGGCAACGCGAUCGGCGGUAACGUGACCACCGCGGAAGGGGAGAAGGCGGCACUCGGCACUUGUGUCAGUGAGGCAAAGGGUGCAGAGUUCAUCGAAGAUGCCCCCAAGAGUGUAGAGGCAAACGAGGCAAUCGGUGCAAACGCGGCCAACUGUGCAAACGCCGCCAACGCCGCCAACGGUGCAACCGCGAAGGCCACCGCGAGUAGAAGCAAGAGGAGGAAAUGCAGUAGCACCAAGAAGGACGAAGCGAAGGUUGAUAUUGACACAAGCCGCUUGAUCGGCGCGGAGCAGCAGAAGGAGGAGGCGAAAAAGACGCAAUUGGAUCCUGCGAAAAUUUGCCAAACGGAAAGUGAAGUAAAAGUGGAGCAGCAAGCAGAGGUGGAAAAUCCACCGAGUAACACUGCUGAGCAGGAAACUAGGAGAAGCAGGUACGGCAGAAAAAGUGGCGUCAACACGAAGGAGAAAAAUUUUAGCCUGCUGAUUGAAGAGGAACAUGAGCAGAAAAGGAAAAACAGGCGAAUGAGCAGGAGUAAGGCCUCCAGUGCGGGGGACAGGAAAGGGAGAAGCGGAGCCAAGAAGGAGGAAGAAGUUAAGGGGGUAGUAGGAGCAGCGGUAGAGGGGGCAACCCCCACCAGUGAGUUUCUAGGCGGCAUUCCUGGAGGUGCCCCAAGCAGGGAUCAACCCCAAGUGGGAAGCGACAAAAUAGGUGAUAAUAACAAUAAUGAAGGGGACCCCGCGAAGGUCACGACAGAUGGCUUCUUCCCCGAAGAGGCAGCAACUCAGAAAAGAGAAACGAGCGACAUUUUGGCAGAUGGGAAAAACGCCUCAACGGAGAACAAAGCCAAGGAGGGAGGAGAACAAAAUUUAGAACAUACAAAUGAGAAAAGCACGAGCCUAAAAAUUAUCCUAAACUGUAAUAGCAACAUGAUAGCGGAGAUGGACAGGCUAAAUUACUUCAGGAAGUACAGCGCUCUGAGCAGCUACAAAGAUUACAAAGUGGAAAAAUUUUUCUACGACAACUUGGAGCUUUUCCUACUGAGCAUAUUCAUAUUUGAAAAGAGCACCAAAUUGAACAGCACGGAUUUUUUUUUGGAAAAUUUCGAUAAAAUUAACGAAGUAAUUGAGUUUUGCAAAAGGCAUCACAUCGAUAGAGGGAUAGAAAAAAUUAUAAAACAUUUAUUUUGCUACUUAAGUGAAAUAAAAAAUAACAAAAAGUAUAUACAUGGAAUGAUAAAGUUAAUUACCAACACGUUUUGGUACAUUCCUGUGUACAAAAUUUCCCAGUCGCCCUUUUUUUUUAUUUCCUUUUGUUGUCUCUUUAAACAUUCGAAGAAGAAACAUGUGAAUAAAAUUAUUAUCCAAAAUUUUAUUAUCAUCUGCUUGAAUUAUAUUGACACUUUGAGGAAGCGGACGUACACCAGAAGGAGGAGUCGCAUGUGGAUUAGGAGCCUCCAUCAUAGGAGAAGUGAACAGGUGGAGCAGAGAACCACGGAGGUUGAGCAGAAUUAUAACAAGUUUGGCGCACCUCCUGUGGAAGGUACAAAUCAGAAGGUUUUCACUCCGGUGGGGUGCUCCGUGGAUCAGGCGGUGGCGGGAUCGGUUGGCCGACCGGGGUUAGCAGCCGCGGCGACCACUGCGCCUAUAGCGGCAACAGAUGGAGCAGUGGGAGUAGUGACAGACGUAGCAACAGGAGUAGUGACAGACGUAACUGGCUUAAAUGGCCCAAAUGGCGUGACGCCCGGGGGGGGCGCUGAGGCCAAGGAGCAGACGAGCAAAAGCUCAAGGAGCAAAAAGGGGGGCAGCAGAAGCGGGGCGAGCAGAAACUCGAGGUCGAGGAGGAACACCAAGAAGGGGGAGGAAGCUGCAGCCCAGGCGGUAACGUCGAAGGAGGGAGGAACUAACCAAGUGGCCGCUGCUACGGUGGCAACACAAGGGAUGGCAGCUGACGUGAUGGCAGCUGACGUGAUGGCUGCUGACGUGAUGGCCGCUGAAGGGAUGGCCGCUGAAGGGAUAACCGCUGACGGGAUGGCCGCCAAACCAACGAGCAACUACCACGAGAACAACUGCAAAAGUGCGCGCACGAACAGCGGAAGCCACCGGGUGUCCAGCGCGAUGAGCGGCGUGGCGCCGAGUGACUAUUUCCCCCCGCGAGAGGCGCUCCUUAUCCAGCGAAGCAAGCGAGAAGAGAAAGAAAUAACAGACAAGCUGCUCCUGAACCUGAUUAACCUGUAUAUAAAUUUCAUGUGCUCCUUUUAUUUCUACUACUUAACUUUUUACGAAGACAAUUACAACAUUUUGAAGAACAUUUUAUUUUUAGGCAUAGAUAAGGUGCUACAGAAAAAGGCGAAUAAAAAAUUGACUAGCUUCGUUUUGUCAUUUAUGUACAUUUUAAUUUGCCUUUUGUUAAAAGUGAAGGUGAAGGAGGAGUUCAUACUAACGUUGAGUAGGGAAAAGGCGAAUGGGCAAAAGGAAAUGAGAAGAAGUGAGCGAAGGAGGAGCGAAAAAAGGGAAUUUCGGAAAAAAGUGGAGCAUACUAGUGGGAAGAGCAGAAGCAGUGACAGUAAAAUAAGCGAUUCGCGUGGAACAACGGCGGUAAAUGACCAGCGAGAAAGGGAGGAAGAAAAAAAGUUUGUGGUGAAAUAUUUAAUUAACCUUAUAGACGAAAAGAAGCAGAGAAAUGUAAACCAAAUUAGCAAGAAAAAAUUCAGGAAAAAUAUAAAGCAAGUUUUAAGCAUAAAAAAUGGCGAAAAUUUGGAGAAUUACAGCUACUUUCCAAAAGGAUGUUUCUACAAAAAUAAAAUGGACAAACAUAUUGAAAAGGUGUUCCAGGUGAAGCAGAAAAAAAAAUUAAUUAUGACAAGUUCGUUAAAUUUGAAGGAAAAUUUAAAAAAGCUAAACAACAUUUGUGUUAAUUUUUCGUAUAAAUUUAUUUUCACCCUUUUAUCCGAGCCGCUAGCAUUUGAAAAGAGCAACGAAUGGCUCAUCAGUCGCGUUUUUAAGAAGGACAUAAAGAAAGACACCAACUACGCGAAAUAUAACUUUCUUGAUUAUAUUAUAUAUUCAUGUUUUUACACUAUUUUUUGCAAAACGGAAUUAAUUAAAAUGGUGAAGACCAACUACCAGAGGGUUUCGCCUGACCCUCAAAAUAGCAAAAAAGGGUGGGGAAAUAUUAAAAUGAAGUCGUACGUAUAUAAUCAGAAAAAAUACUCCACUCUGCAAUUUUAUUUGGCCGUUGAAAUUUUAAAUUUAAUUUUUAACAAUUUAAAAUAUCUUCCUUUUAGCUCGAUAAAGCUAAUUAUUGACAUAUUUCUGAACAGAUCAUUUUUAACCGUUUGGAUAGAUGGGAAGAAGGAAGAAAUAGUAAAUAAAUUUCAGCGAUUAUUUCACAAUUUUUUCAGCGAAAUUUUUUACCUGCAAUCUGAGAGGCUUAUGCAGCUGCCCUAUUUUAUGUAUCAAUAUCAGAAAAGUGUCUUUCUUGUAAAUUUGGUCAUAAACUCCGUUGUGUGCACGAAGAAGAAGCCCGCGGAUAAUUUCCUCCUCCUGGACAUUUUGAAGCACUGCUUCCCGAGGUCCGAUUUGGACUACAACAAUUCUUCCGAUAAGAAGAACGAGGACAAGCGCGGCGUGGAGCGGUCGCACCGCAUGUUGCGCAGCAAGAAGGUGAACCUGCCCAGUUGA